UUGUAUCGAUCGCCACAAGGAGGCUGCACCAGAUCGAGUAGCUUUGAUAUGGGAGAAAGAUGAGCCAAAUCAAGCAGAAAAGAUCACAUACAAGCAACUUUAUGAGAUGACAAAUCAACUUGCCAACUCCCUCCGUCGCCAUGGUGUAAAGCGAGGUGAUCGAGUCGCUAUCUAUAUGCCUGUUUCUCCACUUACAGUAGCUGCUAUGCUAGCAUGUGCAAGGAUAGGGGCUAUUCACAGUGUUGUCUUUGCAGGGUUCAGCGCUGAAGCUCUUGCUAGCAGAAUCAUUGAUGCUGGUGUAGAGACAGUUUUGACCACUGACCAGGCUGUACGAGGAGGAAAGGUCAUUAAUCUCAAGGCUACUGUAGACAAGGCCAUGGAGCAAUGUCCUAAGGUCAAACAAGUAUUUGUUUCUAAGAGGACAGGAGCUGAUGUCCCAAUGUAUGAGAGAGAUAUACAAAUGGAAGAGGCCAUGGCUCAUGAAUCAACAGAAUGUGAACCAGAAGUGAUGAGCAGCGAAGAUCUUCUCUUUAUGCUUUAUACAUCAGGAUCUACAGGGUCACCUAAAGGUCUCUGUCAUUCUCAAGCUGGCUACCUACUCUAUGCCAGUCUGACCCAUAAGUUUGUAUUUGACUACCAACCUGGUGACAUCUAUGCGUGUGUUGCUGAUGUAGGAUGGAUCACCGGACACAGCUAUGUAGUAUAUGGUCCUCUCAGUAAUGGCGCCACUACUGUCUUGUUUGAAAGUAUUCCAACCUAUCCUGAUCCAGGAAGGUACUGGGAGAUGGUCGAAAGGUUAAAAGUCAACCAGAUUUAUGUAGCCCCUACAGCUGUGAGGUUACUACUCAAAUCAGGAGACUCUUAUGUUACCAAGUAUGACAGAUCAACAUUGAGAACACUAGGAUGUGUUGGUGAACCACUCAACCAUGAAGCAUGGGACUGGUAUAACAAUGUUGUAGGAGAAGGACGUUGUUCAUUAGCUGAUACAUGGUGGCAGACAGAGACCGGUGGUAUAUGCAUCACUCCGCGCCCAUCGGCACCCAAUGCUGAAAUAACAGGUGGUCCUAUGCGCCCCUUCUUUGGAAUUGAACCAGUUCUACUUGAUGAAAAGUGUCAGGAAAUCACAGUGAACAAUGAACCUGGAGCCCUUUGCAUUCGUAGACCAUGGCCUGGGAUAGCUAGAACAAUCUAUGGCAAUCACACACGCUAUCUAGAGACAUAUCUAAGUCCAUACCCUGGAUUUUAUUUCUCUGGUGAUGGUGCUAUUCGAGAUGAUAAUGGUUAUUACCACAUCACGGGUAGAAUGGAUGAUGUCAUUAAUGUCACUGGUCAUCGCUUAGGAACAGCAGAGGUUGAGGAUGCUGUGGAUGAACAUCCUGCAGUAGCAGAGACAGCGGUCGUAGGUUACCCACAUGAUAUCAAAGGAGAAGGUGUAUAUGCAUAUGUGAUUCUGAAGGAUGAUGUAACAACCAGUGAAGAGGAUAUCAUCAAAGAAUUAAAGGCUACAGUCAGGCAGAAGAUUGCUGCUUAUGCAGUUCCUGAUAUUAUCCAGAUCACUCCAGGAUUGCCAAAGACACGCUCUGGUAAGAUCAUGCGACGUAUCCUAAGGAAGGUUUCAGCUGAUAAGAGUGAUGAGCUUGGAGAUGUGUCCACCUUGGCAGAUCCUUCCAUUGUAGCAGUCAUUGUGAAGAACCAUGAUAAACUGGCUAAGAAAUAGAGCAAUUGUGUUGCAAAGCUGAGAAUUCAAAAGUUUUCAAACCAUGUUUGAGGAUCAGCUCAAAGUUAUUGAUGUUAGAGAAUGAACUACAAUACUUUGAAUCCAUUUUGCAUACAUUUCCGGGGGGGAUCCUGUGAUGUUCCUGAACUUUUUAUGGAAAUCUUGCUCACCUUCUUAGAGUGCAUGUGCCUCGUCAGAGUUAUGGGUCCAAAGUUCAAAUAUUUUUCGUACUUGAGACCAAAGAUUUCUCAAAAAACUUAUUUCAUGUGAAAAGAAAAUCCGGUAUCAAUUGUGUUUCAAGGUUAAAUUCAUUAAAGUAUGGCACUGCUCUCAGACUUGAUAUAUAAUUGGUUUAAAUGAAUGUCAGGAACCAAUGGAGAGAAAUUAUUCCUAUAGACAAAAUAUGCCUAUUUGAACAGUUUCGUUAGCAUUGAAAUAGGGGAAUUGAUAAUUUAGUUAAAAGACAUAAAUCCCUUUAUUCAUUAAGUUGAUAAAUGAGAUUGAAGUGAUAAGGAUUAUUAUUUCAGAGACAGUAGAAUAUGAUAAUACUGUAAAUACUUACAUGGUUGUAUAUUAUAACCAUUUAUAUUGUUUAUAAUCUUGUCAUACAAAAUAUAUAUGUAUUACACCAAGGUACACAUUUUUUACAAGACAAGUAAUCUUUGAAACUAUGCGUUUUUAUGUGUAUAUAUUAAUGUAAUGCAAAUGGGUUUAUUUUGCUCUGUUUACUCAAAAUUUGUGGACAAUUGUCAAAACUUUGAUAUUCAAGCUGAUAAAAUUAGUAAAAUAUGUGUACAAUGCAUAAUAAUGAUUAUGAGAUUAGCUAUCCCAAGUAUGUGAAAGGGGAUCAUUAUUACAAUCUGCACUAGCUGGUUCCUGAAAUAUCUUCUUUUUUUUUUUGGGGGGGGGGGGAAUCGCUAAUCUAAUUUUAUACCUAAUAAAAAUAUUAGUUUAAACAAAUAUCAUCCAAGUUGUAUUUGUGAAUGUAAAUGUACAAGGUUAUUUUUUUAAAGUUUUACUUGUAUGAGAUUGAUUCUUUUAAAUUAAUACAAAAUGUUGUAUAUUGAAUAUGAUGACCUUUCACUUGGAAAAAAAUAUAUAUCUAAUCACGCGGUGACACAAAACAUUUGCUCCUGCGACAUUUGCUCAGGCCUUGAUUUCUCAGAAGGCAUAGGGUUAGAAUUAAGAUUGUAAUAGAGUUUUUAUUUUGGAAUAAUGUAAAGAUAAGGACUAGGGGUUAUUUAGUUUCGAAGGUUUGGUUUUAUGUUUGACUUUAGCGUGCAGAUUUUCCAUGUGAGCGAUUGUCACUGGAGCAAAUGUCUUGGAACCAAUCGCGCACAUAUGUUGUGAACAAUGUGCCUUGCCGUAUUACUUAUGAAUUUAAAAAAAAAUCCUUGAUUUUUCUUUCUUUACGAAGAAAAGGGUAAUUUCAUAGUUUUCAUGAUUGUUUAUUCUUGAUGUAUUUUACAAUUAGCUGAUUUUAUUCUUUGUCAAGGGAAAAAUAACCUUAAAUCAUCUUCAAACUGUGCUCAAGUUUCUGUUUAGGAGUGACAGCGAGUUAGAUGCAUAAAAGGUAGCAAUUGCUUGCAAGAAUUUGCAUUACUUUGUAUGCAUAAAUCCCUUGCUUGUGCCUAAACCCUUUUCUUGCCUUCAGAAAGCAAUUGCUAGCGGUUUGAACAAUAGGCAACGUCACUCUGGUGUGAACAUGACUCACAGAACAAAGGCGGGACUCAGAUGCAAAGGUUUUGCAGAGCAAUAUACUGCAUCUCUCAUGUAAUAUCUUUUCCUUAGACGUGGUGUCAAACUAUUCCACUAACUCGUUUCUAAUGAAUAAAUUACAUAGUUGACAUACAGUUUGCACUUUCCAGGAAGAAAACAUGUACGUGUUGGUUGCUAUACACCUUGGAGUUCUCUCUCGGGUGCAUAAACAUUAUGAAACGCAAACGACCUGAUCAAGCAAAUUCUCAAGCUGCUCUGAUGGUGCUUGAAAAAAAACCUAAGCAAAUUCUUAAAUGCACAAGCAAAAGUUUUGCUUAAUGCAUAUACUUUUUAGCAAUAGUUUAAUUGUCAAGCAAUUGCUAGCAGACAGUUACCAAUUGCUUGAGUUUACUAGUAAAAGCAUUUGCUCGCUCAUUUUUAUGCAUACGGAAUCAAGCAAAUUCCAAGCAAAAGCCUAGCAAAAGCAACUGCUAAUUUUGUAUGCAUCUGAAACAUUGAUUGGUCAGAUGGGGGGAUGUCACAAGGUUAUUGGUCAUACUCAAAACAUAAAUUCAUGGUAUGCUGGGAAGUAUUUAUCUAGUUCUUAUGUUAAGAUGUUUUACUAUGUGAUUUACAAGCUGUUUUAAAUGCAUUUAAGUUUUGGAGAGAAAAUUGUAAGUUCUUGCAAGUACUGGUCUAAAAAUGUUAAGAUCACUGAUUAUGACAUGUAUCAUCAUUGAUUUUUCUCUCUAAAUUUAAUUCUCCACUGUUCAAGAAUUGCCAAUUACAUUAGCCAUUACUAACUCUUGGUUUUGAUUAUAUUUUGUAAUUUGCAUAAUCAUUUGAUUUUUUUUAUAUUUGCAAAUAG